AUGGGAUCACAUUCACAGAAAACUAUUGUGAAAGUAGCCAUAGUUCAAGCCGGAACUGUUUUGUUUGAUAAUAAGAAAACACUACAAAAAUUACGUGAUUAUGCGAGGCAGGCUGCAGAAAGUGGCGCUGAUUUGGUUCUCUUUCCAGAAGCAUUCAUCGGUGGUUACCUAAAGGGACUAACAUUUGGUGUGCGAAUGGGUACACGUUCAGAGGAAGGCAGAGAUGAGUUUAGACGAUAUUGGGAGUGCGCGAUUCAAGAGGACGGACCUGAGUCUAAGCAGUUGGCAGCGAUAGCCGAUGAAUUUAACAUAUAUCUGGUGACGGGCGUUAUUGAAAGAAUUGGUUCAACAUUGUAUUGCUCGAUUCGCGUGAAUACAUUCGGUCGCCAAACAUCGCCCAAGCUUCAUUGA